UUCUGAGGUGAGACCAGUCAGUCAGGUCUAUUGGAAAGUAAUUGAUCUCGCAAAGCUGGUAGGAAGAUGGAGGUCGGAGACAAGAACCGGCAUCGGACUGGUACGAUUCUCAGUGUAUUAUCGGCUAAACUGAAGAGGAAGAACAGUGGCCAAGUCACGUUGUCCAGGAGAUUAGGACUUGGUAGCACUGUAUCCCUUCUCAUUGGUAUAAUGAUCGGUACGGGAAUCUUUGUGGCACCCCGAGGUGUCCUGAGCUACACCGGAAGCUUUGGCGCUAGUCUCUUAGUAUGGUUUCUCUGCGGUCUCAUUGCUAUGAUAGGUGCCCUUAUUUUCUCAGAGCUUGCUUUGAUGUUCCCCAAGUCCGGCGGGGACCACACUUAUCUCCAGGAGACCUACGGCGAUGUAUUAGCCUUCCUGCAUGGGUGGGGUGCCGUGCUGGUUGUCCGACCUAUGAUGUUAGCAAUCGUUAGUAUAGUGUUGGGUGAAUAUAUCAUCUAUCCAUACUUCGAUGACAUGUGCUAUCGGGAUGAAAAGAUGGUCAAACUACACGCGGCUACAUUCAUUAUUUUCAUGAUGCUAGUGCAUGGUUCUGGAUUAAAGCUCAUAUCAAAACUUCAAGUAGUAUUCACCAGCAUCAAGGUCGUUACACUCUUGCUCAUCAUCAUCAACGGCAUGAUCAACAUCUCAAUGGGGUACACGGAUUACUUGGAUGUGAAUACGUCAUUUGAGGGGACAAAUAAGAAUGCCUUUGCUUUCGGGAUGGCCUUUUAUCAAGGAAUGUUUGCUUAUGAAGGAUGGAACUCUUUAACUUACACAAUGGAAGAAAUGAAAGACCCUGCUAAAACUUUACCAAGAGCCAUAAUGAUUGCCAUGCCGACAAUUACAGUUCUCUACAUAUUGGUUAAUAUUUCUUAUUACACCGUACUAAGUCCGCAACAAGUCCUUAUGGACGAAGCAAUCGCCACGACAUUCUCAUCAUUCACACUGUAUGGGAAAGGCAUUUUACAAAGGUCUUUACCAUUUCUUGUUUGCUGUGCUGCAUUUGGGACAGCUAAUGGUCUUUGUUAUACAUAUUCUAGAAUGGCUGUUGCUCUUGGUAGAGAAGGUCACAUGCCUCAGAUUGUAGGCAUGGUAAACCCUGAUACCAUGUCACCUAACUUUGCUCUAUUCCUCAUGGGCCUUAUCUCAACCAUCACUCUUCUCCUUCCGAUCAGCUUAGAACAUCUAAUUGAGUUUUUCAGCUUCGCUAUCUGGCUAUCAUACUUCUUUAUAUCCAUCGCUGUCCUUAUCUUACGAUACACAAAACCAGACCUCAAUCGUCCUUUCAAGGUCCAUUGGUCGCUACCAGUCUUGAUGGCUAUUCUCUCUGUUUUCUUCAUAAUUGCGCCAUUCUUCGAAUCUCAUGGUGGAAAUGAGAUCAUUGCUGCGACAGUGAUUAUCGUGGCUGGAUUAAUUGUCUACGUGCCUUUCAUCUAUUACAAAUAUCAGCCGCCGUUUAUGGAUAAAAUCACCAUCUUCGUUCAGCUCUUUUUAUGCAUCGUCAACACGGAAUAUAAACCUCCUGAAGACUUCCCAAUUAAUGAAGAUGAUCAUCAUAACUCCGAGAACCACAACCACAAUUAACUCAUUACCUAUAUGUAGGGAAAGUGACAUAAAUCGAAUGAGUAUCGAAGCUCUAUUUUGUGCUAUCAGCGAUGGUUCAAAAUUAUGAAGUCUUGCG